CUAUCUGUCACUGUAAUGGGGCUGCCCAAUUAAUCCCACUUGCAUCCUUCUAACUCCACAGCUUUAACCCUCUCUCUCUCUCUCUCUCCAUAUAUAUAGACACACACACACACACACAUGGUGUGGAGUGGUGGUGUUGUAUGAAGAAAUUAAGAAUAUUAUCAGCUGAAAUGGAAGUAGUAACCACGGAGCUUCUUCUCAGGCUCUCUGCAACUCUGGUCUUGCUCUUGACGGUUUCUCUUCUCGCUCUCGACACCCAAUCCAAGGUCAUCUUCUACCCACUCGUCCGCAAGGUCACUUUCAGAGACUUGAAUGCCUUAGCUGUGCUGGUCUACGUUGAUGCUGUGGCCGCUGGCUACAAUCUGCUUCAGCUGCUCAGAUGCUUUCUCUCCUAUCGCUUCAAAACCAACCCAAUUAUGCUUUCACAUCAACAAUAUCUCCCCUGGCUUUCUUUCCUAUUAGAUCAGGCAGUGGUUUACACGGUCUUCGCGGCGAAUUCAGCGGCGACGGAGGGCUCAAUUCUGGCGGUGACCGGCGCGAGAAGUUUCCAGUGGAUGAAACUCUGCAACAGAUUCACCAGAUUCUGCGUCCAGGUCGGCGGAGCAUUGAUCUGUGGCUUCGUCGCGUCUUUCUUGCUGGCUUUCGUCUCUUUCAUCUCGGCUUUCAGUCUCUUCCGGCUCUACUCACCCAACCGGUUCUUGCUCUUGAAACCUAGGGUGCCGCCGUCAGGCUCCUCCUCCUCCUCCUGAUUCCAUUACAUAAGCUUCCAGAAUUUCCAUUUAGAUGCGUUUUGCGAGUGCGAUAAACUGCGUAAUGCCUGGCUCUGAUCCAUUGUCUUCUUAAUUUGAAUCGCUGUGAUGUAUGUAGAAACUCGCAGGUGCCUCUCCAGUUUGCACUGAAUAAUACGGUUUCGUUUCCCUUGUGGAGCGCGUUUAGUAUGGAAGAAA